AACUGGUAAUGAAGAAACAAAGAAAUAUAUGCAUUUAAGAAGGGCUUUGGUGGGGGUAUGGGUGAAUUUUCUUUUGGUUUUGUCUUGGCAAAUAUUCUUGGGAGGUGGGUGAUUUUAUGAGGCUGUGGUGCAUUCCUUCGGAAAAAAAGAACACUUUUCUUUUAUGUCGUGCGAGUAUAAGUUAGGAGUAUCAGUUUGUGUGGUUCUUGUUCUUUUGUAUGCUCAGCUGGAAUUCAAGCUCUCUCUCUAUCUCCUCUCUCAUUCUCUGCUCUUUCAUGCUGAUAAUCGGUUAAAGAUUUGUGUUCAUCUGAUAAAAAGUUGUGAUCUUGAUUAUUUGGGUAGUUAAACAUGUGUUCUUGAUGCAAAAAUGGAAGUUGAAGAGCUUUUGAAAAGCCAUUGGAUCAUCAUCUUAAAUUGUCUACUUUGUACAAGUAUACAACAAAUAGGAGGAUAACAAUGGAGGGUUCAUCUGAGUCUGGUUGGCAGAGGUCUGAUAAUACAUCCCAUGAUUCUGGAUUCAUAUCAGGAAGAAAAGAGAGAGAGAGACCAACUGGGUGGCUCCACCACAGAACCCAGAUUGGGGAUCGGCCGGCGGUGGCAGCGGAGGCGGAGCCACUUGUUCCGGCCGCUGAAUGCAGUGAUAUUAGUUUAAGACAAUGGUUAGAUAACCCAGAAAGAAAAGUAGAUUCUCUUGAAUGUUUACACAUAUUUUCUCAAAUUGUUGAGAUUGUUAACUUAGCACAUUCUCAAGGAAUUGUUGUACACAAUGUGCGGCCUUCAUGUUUUGUUAUGUCAUCGUUUAAUCGUGUUUCGUUCAUUGAAUCUGCUUCUUGCUCGGAUUCAAGUUCAGGUUCUCUUGAAUAUGGUCAAAUACCUGAGUUUAAAGGUUCAUCUUCACCUUUGCGCCACGAAUCGAACUCCCCAAAACAGGAAGCCUGUGGCAGUGAACAGGCUGAAGAAAAAAAACAUUCUUUUCCUAUGAAACAAAUAUUGCUUUUGGAAUCAAAUUGGUACAGCAGCCCAGAAGAGGCUUCUGGUAGCCCACCCUCUUGUGCUUCAGAUAUUUAUCAACUUGGGGUCUUGCUCUUUGAGCUAUUCUGCACGUUUAGUUCACUGGAAGAGAAAAGCACAACAAUGGGUAGCCUCAGACAUCGGGUUCUUCCUCCUCAGUUGCUUCUAAAGUGGCCUAAAGAAGCUUCAUUUUGCUUAUGGUUGCUGCAUCCUGACACGAGCAGCCGGCCGAAAAUGGGGUGAGUUUUCUUCCUCAUAGUAUCCUUUGACAUAUGCCCGAAUUUUUUUGAGCCAGUAGGAUAUUGAUCAAGUUCAAGCACUGCCAGUAGGAUUCCCAGUUAUACACAUCU